GGUUGAGAUUGAAGGAAGCAACUAUUUUAGAAAAUAAGUUGUGAAUGAGCAUUACGGGUGACACAUCUUUCUACACAAAUAAGAUAUGUUUGGCACCUAUGGUACGCGCAGGUCGCACGCCAUUGAGGGUUCUUGCUUUGGAGUAUGGAGCAGAUCUAGUUUAUACCGAAGAAAUUAUUGACCAAAAGCUUCUGUCUAGCAAACGAACAGUUAAUAACGUUCUGGACACGAUAGAUUACUGUAUGGUUGAUGAUGUUGUUCUCCGAAUAUCGAGAGCUCGAGAGCAAAAGUCCUGUGUUCUCCAGAUUGGAACAAAUAGCGGAAACAAUGCGGCUGAAGUGGCAAAAAUGGUAGGUACAGAUGUGGCGGCUAUAGAUGUUAAUAUGGGUUGUCCAAAACCAUUCUCGAUACAUUGCGGUAUGGGAUCUGCCCUUUUGACUAAAGUGGACAAGAUCAGGGAGAUCUUGACGUCGCUUACAUCCGUAGCCCAAGUUCCCGUCUCAUGCAAAAUAAGAGUAUUAGAUGACCCGACAGAAACUCUCAAUCUCGUACGAGAAAUCGAGAAAUGCGGUGUAGCUGCUCUUGGUGUGCAUGGUAGGCGACGAGAUGAGCGAGAUCCACAUCCAUGUCGCAUCGAUGAGAUUCGUGAAGUGGCUAGGACUGUUAGCAUACCGGUGAUAGCGAACGGUGGUUCUGGCGAAAUAAAGUCAUAUGAAGACAUACUCGACUUUCGGAAAGAGACCGGAACGUCAUCGGUUAUGGUUGCUCGUCAGGCACUCUCAUGUCCAUCUGUAUUUCGACGCGAUGGAACUCUGCCCUUUGAUAGAGACAUAGAAAAUUUCUUGGACUUGGCUUGCGAGUUUGAUGAAAAUUAUACAAUGACAAAAUAUGUCGUGCAACGGAUACUUGGCGGUAAACAGGAAUCUGAUGAGAGAGGUCGACAAACAGUAUUAGCUGGCAGUAACUUGGAGAUUUGCCGAGCUUGGGGAAGAGAAGAUAAGUACGAAGAAUGCCGGAGAACACGAUUGCGAAAGCAAUGCAAACGUCAAGAAAAGACAUCUAUUAAAAUCGUCUAUUUACGUUCAUUUUUUCCUGCUAUUGGACUCAAACAGUCUAUUGUGGCUGGGCAAGUGACCUUUUCUGAACUUCGCUCCGCAGCAAUACGUUUUUCUGAUGGCUUUCGGCCGAAUAUGUGGCCGUCUGUACGAUGGACCGCUUAUGCAUAUUUCAAGCGGCUUUUUCUGAAUUGGGUCGGCUUUCCAGCAUUGAAAUAUGUAGAGGACGACUGGAAAGGAAUGCAUGGAGAUGCACUCAAUGAUAUCAUCGAUGUCGUGAAUCGUGGCGCAAAACCGUUGACACAAGAAGAACAUGCUUCUAUCCAGGCAAGAACGGAGGAUUGGGCUGCGUUAAAUUUGGCGCUUGAAGAACGUCGUCAGGCAAGGCCAGGUUACGUGAAAAAGGAGGAGCCAGUAGAUUCCGAUGACGAGUAGACGAAGAGACUAUAACAACAUAUAAUUUGCGUUACACUGAUCUUUUUGCUCGGGUUUUGAAUAUAUGAAAUAUAUGAUUCUUUUGCAUCAC